AGUUCAACCAAAAGUUUAAGCUGAUAGUUGACGCUCUAUGAUAUUUGUUAUAUACUCUAACAAUUCCUAAGAUCAAACAUUGCUGUCAACUCAACUAAAAGUUUAAACUGAUGAUUGACGCACUUGGAUAUGUUAUAUACUCUUACAAUUGUUAAGAUCAAACAUUGCUAUUAAUUCAAUUAAAAGUUUAAGUUGAUGGUUGACGUUCUAAUAUAUGUUAUAUACUCCAACAAUUUCUUACAUCGCAGCAUGAUUAUAAGCUCCGAUCAAUGGUGAAGCUGAUAAAAAACAUAUUGACAUCAAUGAACAGUGAAAAACAAUUAGACGAGUUAAUCAUGAUCGAUGCCAUUCAACGACUAGGCCUCGAAUACUACUUUCAAGAGGAUAUCCAUAGAGUACUAGAAAAGCAUCAUCGGAAAGUUACCACCAUGGGUGAAGAUGGUGGUAAUCUUCAUUAUGUUGCUCUUCGCUUUGGGCUGUUGAGACAUGCGGGAUACAAUGUCUCAGAAGGCGUGUUUAAUAAAUUCAUAGACAAAGAUAGAAAGUUGAGAAAAGAGCUUCGAAAAGACACCCAAGGACUGAUGAGUCUAUUUGAAGCCUCUCAGCUGAGAAUUCCAGGGGAUCAUAUACUAGAUGAUGCUAGCCAAUAUUGUGAACUUAUCCUACAAGCAAACUUAAAAAAUGUUGCCAAAGAAUCUGAGGCCAGAGUAAUCCAAAACACAUUAAGCAAUCCUUUUCAUAAAAGUCUGCCAAGACUUUCAGCUGAUCUUGAUAAUUUUGAAAUUUCAUUCAAGAUUAUUCAUGAUCAUUGUGGAAUAAAUGGCUGGGUAGAAGAGAUACUAUAUUUGGCAAGAAUGGAUGCAAAUGAAGCACAAAUAACCCACAUGAACGAAAUAACUUAUAUUUCCAGAUGGUGGAACGAACUUCGGUUGACAGAGAAGUUGAAGCUUGCAAGAAGUCAGCCAGUGAAAUGGCAUUUAUGGUCCCUAGUUGUUCUACCAAGUCCAAAUAUGGCACAAUUACGGAUUGAACUCACAAAAUCAAUAUCCUUUAUUUAUAUCAUUGAUGAUAUCUUUGAUGUGUAUGGGACACUCCAAGACCUCACUUUGUUCACAGAAGCAGUCAACAGAUGGGAUCUUAACAACGUAGAAAAAUUACCUGAGUACAUGACAAUGUGCCUCAAGGAACUCUACAACACCACAAAUGAGAUAAGCAAUACAGUUUAUCUUAAUCAUGGAUGGAACCCCAAGGGUCGCUUAACAAAAGCGUGGGCAGAGCUAUGUAAUGCUUUUCUUGUGGAAGCGAAGUGGUUUGCAUCCGGACAGUUACCUUCCACUGAUGAGUAUAUGAAGAAUGGUGUAGUUAGUUCUGGAGUCUAUAUUGUUGCCGCAACCAUCUUUUCUCUCUUAGGUGAAGGUGUAAACAAUACAAACACACAUCUCUUCAACAAUCAUCCACACAUUGUAACGUCAGCGGCCAAAAUUCUACGUCUUUGGGAUGAUCUAAAGACUGCUAAGGAUGAGAAUUCAAAUGGGCACGACGGGUCAUAUAUAGCUUGUUACGUGAAGCAACAUAAAGAUAGGUCAGCUGAAAGUGCACGACAACAUGUUUUUGAGAUGAUUUCAGAUGAAUGGAAGUGCCUCAAUCAAGAGUGCCUGUCUCAUUCUCCAUUUUCGACAGAUUUUAAAACAGCUUUGCUUAAUUUAACAAGGAUGGUUCCAAUCAUGUAUAGUAGUAAUCACCAUCUUCCUAGCCUUCUGUAAUACAUAAAGUCAUUAUCCUCUUAUUAUAGCUGUUUAUGGUGAUGGAUGGUGCAGACAGCAGAUACUCAAGAUGAUAAGUCCUAUUCAGGGGGUCUUCAUUUGGCUAGACUUAUUGUGAAUGUCAGCGCAUAAUCGGUGAAAUACGAAGUGCACACUCCAUAAGUCGAGGAGAAAGCAUCCCAAAACUAUAUGACAUGAAAAAAAGCUCUAGUUAAUUAUAAAAUAAACACACCAUUUUAAAUCAGAGUCGAAAAAUUAAAAAUUAUAUAGAAGAUUGAAAAGAAUGAAUUGAUUACUUCCACUUGUAAACUUAACGAGGGUUCGAAUGUGACGAGAUGUUAGGAUGGUUUGCCCAAAUCGAUGAAAUAAAUUUCACGUGCAUACUUUAUGAGGCAUUUGUGACCCUUUUUCCAAUUGUCAUCUGAUUUUGAAAUAAUACCUCAUAGGUUUAUGGUAUUUGUGCACCAUGUAUUUUCCCAAUCAUUUAGUUAUAUAUACUAUCAGCUGGUCUUAGAUGAGACGACCUCAUAAUGAGAUCGUCAAUUUAGGCUGGUCCAAUUCGCGCGUAUAAU